GUUUGUCGUUCUGGCUGGUGGUAUCAACGCUAACAGUAUGUAUAGGAUCGUCAAUGGAAUUCGGUUACAACAUCGGUGUCAUAACCGGACCGUCUCCAUUCAUCCAGCAAUUCUUCAAUGAUACACUCUUCGAACGGUCUGGUGAGGAGCCGAGUGAGAACAGUCUCACUUGGCUUUGGGCGGCCACCGUUUCUAUCUACUGCGUCGGAGGGGGCCUGGGGGCUCUCGCUGGCGGCUACUGGGCUGAUAAAUUCGGCAGAAACCGUGGGCUCUUGUACAAUAAUUUUAUCUCUAUCUUGGCGGCCAUUUUGAUGGGAUGCUGUUACUCGGCCAAUUCACCGGAGAUGCUCAUCAUCGGCCGUUUCGUCAUUGGAUUCAGCGUCGGUAUAUCGUUAACCAUCGUACCCAUGUAUCUUGCUGAGAUAUCCCCUUUCAAUUUGAGGGGCGCCAUCACCGUCACACAUCAGCUACUGAUCACCAUUGGUAUUCUACUCGGACAGUGUCUUGGUUUCUUCGCAUUCUACAACGAUUCCACGUGGUCAAUUGUACUAGGAUUGACAGGAAUCACUACAAUCAUCGAGUUCAUCAUGCUCCCGUUCUGCCCAGAGAGUCCAAGAUGGCUACUCAUCAGAAAGAAUGACGAGGAAAAGGCGGUGAAAGCCCUGCAGCAGCUCCGAGGGAGAGAUAACGUUGGGGACGAGAUUGUUGAAAUGAAACGAGAGCACGAGAACGAGAGUAGCGUAGAACGGAUCGGUGUGUUUGAUCUUGUGUGUCUACGCGACCGCUCCUGGAUGCUCCCCCUCAUCAUAUGUGUCGUCGUACACGUAGGACAGCAACUGUCGGGAAUCAAUGCGAUCAUCUUCUACUCGACCGAACUGUACGAUGCAGCCGGAAUGUCCGAGAGCGAGGUCGCUUACGCGACGGUGGGCUUUGGCACUCUCAACGUUUGCGUGACUAUAGUCUCUGUAUUGGUUGUCGAGAGGGCCGGGCGACGACCUCUCCUUCUCUAUCCCUUCGGCGUCAUCGCUCUGUGGCUCAUCGGUCUUACUGUCUCCCUUGCUCUCCAGUCACAGUACGACUGGCUGAAGUGGUUAAGUUUGGUCUUCGUUUACCUCUACAUCAUCACCUUUGCAAUCGGCCCCGCUCCUCUGCCUUACCUGGUCUCGGCCGAGCUCUGGUCGCAGGGUCCACGCCCUUCUGCUGUCAGUGUGUCCAUUCAGGUCAACUGGUGGACCAACUUCAUCGUCCAGCUGACCUUCCCGCCGAUGCAGGGAGCUAUCGGCGAGUACAUCUUUCUCAUCUACACCAUCUGCGUGGUCGCUACCACCGUCUUCAUCUAUUUCUACGUCCCUGAGACCAGGAACCGAAGCUUUGAUGAGAUAGUUUCUGCCUUCCGUGACAGAGGGAUGGGCAAGGGAAAUGUAGAGCUAGAGAACCGUCAGUAGUUCAUUCGCCUUUCGACCUUUUACCCGGAUAUGCUCCACCAAAACACGUGAUAAGUAGAUGCCUCACACGAUAUCGGAAGUUUUCGUUCCGCGACGCACGACGGGUGCAAGAACAGAGAAAUUGUGUUGUCAAAUGCCCUUCAUUACAAAGAACACCUAAGAAGUCUUUGUCAAAAAUUGGUGAAUCAAAACAGUCGAUUCGUUCUUUCUGACUUACGACAUAUUUGCAAUCUUUGGUCAGCUCCGGAACUUGGGACGAAACUUUGUUCUUCAAUUUUUUUUUUUACAAAGACCGCCCAGCUGUCCUUUGUCAUUCGACAGGCAGUUUCAAUAGUUCUUGGCACGUCGUGCGCCUUGCGCGUAAACUCUCUCUUGUAUUCUGUGCGGAAGAGAAAAUCAACCUCAUCGUUCUCUAAUAGAAAUCCAUAUUUGCAACGAUAUAUUUGUUUGAAGUUUUAUUUGAGCGAUUCCAUUCAAGUAUCAAAUGCAACCAUUUAUAACACCUCGUUUACAUUUGCUACGAUCAUGGAACAAUGGGUUAGUCUACUAUGUAUUUGUACGAUGAAUGUGCAAUGAUCGUACGUUGUAAUAGUAUAACUCCGCUCGUCCUGAAUCCUUACGAAAAUCUUACGGUCAUCGUACGACACGCUGAGGAGAUCAUACGAUAAGCAGGAUAUGAUCACCAUAAGAUUACCCUUCGAGUAUCGAUGAUCGUAGAGCAAGAUCAAACGGGUUUAUGGAAAUAGACAAGGAAUCAACUCAGCCCUCACGUUGACUCUUCGUCUCCCUCAUAAAAUUGUGUUUGUAUCAGUAAUAAUUUUGUCACUAAAUUUCUGUGGAUAUAUCUUGAUUUGUAAUGACAUAAAAUGGAAAUCCACGUUGAUCAAACAUCUACAAUUUAUCUAUUGUGCGACAAUGGAACAUCUUUUAAAGAUGUAAAAAAUAGUUUAGAGACUAGCUAUGAAAUAGUAGAUUGAAGUAGAAAUGUAGGUAUUUGUAGUAUCGUUAUUUACCUCUAAUGUUUGAUAAUCAAGUAAGAAUCUAAUUGAAUAUGCCAUAGGCUGACUUGUAGAUAGUGUGUGUAGUAUUGUAGUUUUAUUUCGCUAAUCAUGUGUGUAGUAAGGUGUAGUAGAUUAAUGUUAAAAUUUGACGUGUAAAUGCGCAACUGUGGGUGAGUGUGUGAGGUGGUUUUAGGUGUGUAUAUAAAUGCGUCAGUGAACGCACGUUUGUGUGUGAAGGUGAAAUCACUAAUUGAGAUUCAAGUACGUAUAUUCAAUGUUUUGUGAAAUUUGAUGUGUGUGAGUGUGGUACUAUGUUGUGUAAAGCCGAUGUGUAUCAGUUGUACAUGUGCGUCAUGGUGUGUAGGUUCGUGUGUGAAAACACGACUGUAUUAAAAGUCUCCACCUUCAUUUAAAUCAAUGAUCGAUAUGGUCAUUUACACAAUGACACACCAAAGCCUUGAUCAAGUUCAUCGAUUGAGUAAUAUCAUGUUUAACAUCAGAGGGCUGCUAAAAAGUUAGUGAACCCCACCAGAAAAUGAACAUAAUUGAUUAAAGUGUUCCAAGUUCUGCCAUGUUUUAGUUCAUUAUUUCAUUGUGAUAUCAGAUGAUAAAAUAUUACAUUCAAUAAAGUUUAUUUCUCUGUGCUCUCUGAACAUUGAAGUGUUGUUGUCUCCAUUCAACACUCAGCAUGAAGGAGUGCAUUUUCUGGUGGGGUUCAUUGUUUGGCACUACUGUAUAUUAGAUAGUGCAACGCAUACUGCCUGACAAUAUUCACUACUUUAAAGGACAAGUCCACCCCAACAAAAAGUUGAUUUGAAUAAAAAGAGAAAAAUCCAACAAGCACAACACUGAAAAUUUCAUCAAAAUCAGAUGUAAAAUAACAAAGUUAUGACAUUUAAUAUUUCGCUUAAUUUCCCAAAACAGUUAGUAUGCGAAUGAGGAGACUAUGACGUCAUCCACUCACUAUUUCUUUUGUAUUUUAUUAUAUGAAAUAUGAAAUAUUCUAAUUUUCUUCUCAUUGUCAAGUGAUACAACGAUAAAUUCCUCCCUGAACAUGUGGAAUUAGCAUUGUUUAAUACUAUAUGGUUCAGUCAAGUUGGUCCUUAUUGUCAAAUCUAUAAAAAAUGAAAUAUUGUAUAAUUCAAGCAAUAAAAAACAAAAGAAACAGUGACUGAUGGACAUCAUCGAAUAACUCACCUAGUUGUGCACAUCACUGUUUCGUGAAAAAUAAGCGAAACUUUAAAAUGUCAUAACUUCCUUAUUUUACAUCCGGUUUUGAUGAAAUUUUCAGCACUAUGCUAGUUUGAUUUUUCUCUAUUUAUUCAAGUCAGCAUUUCCUAGGGUGGACUUGACCUUUAACAUAACGUAUUACCUUACAUGUUCAGACUGCCCUGUCUUCCCGUAUUUUUAUAUUACAAUUCAGCAGGAAAAAUUGUGACCGUUUAGGUUACUGCCAAGUGCCAACAUGAAGACCGGUAAAUUUAGUAUGAUAGUGGAUACCAAUAAAGCCUUUACAAUUAAUUAUGUUUAAAAACAUACAUUUUGAUGCAGUAAUUUGAAUAAAGAGGAGCUUGAGAGUGCGUCAUGAAGCUUCUUGAAAAUCAUGAUUAUGACCUUGACUGAAUGUGCUCUUAGCUAAUCAGACGCGAUGAUAUCAUUGUCUUUUACAUUUAAAAGAGGAUGAGUGAUAAAAUUGCUCCUUGGAACGCUGCUCAAAUAUACCAUGACAAUUUAUUCUAUAUGAACUGAUUCGACGAUGAUAUAUGUCUUAGAACCAAUCUUGACUCAUUUUUAAAAGAUUGUAACGAAUAUAUGAAUACUUAGUAAUAUUUUGUUGACUGAGCACUAGUGAAUAGUGUAUUAUGCAAUCGCAAUAACACAGGGUGAUGAAAUUGAUCUAUUUUGCCAAAUUCAAGAGGUCGCAGUUGAUUAAAGUCAUAUUUAUUUUCUACAAUACUGACCCUGAUAUCCCGAAUUAUGCACUCGUAAAACAAAUCAUCAAAUUGACUAGAUAAAAAGUAGUCAGCUGGGAGCUUCUGAUAUGUCUAGUCACAUGUUUUCCUUCGUGUAUAUUCUCGUCAGAAGUUACCAUGGUCUAGUAAAAUACGACGAGACUAACAGUUGACCCGAAUAUCUUAGUCACUUUGACUGAUUUGCUUUGAAAGUGUGGUAUAAAUGCAAUGCAUCGUUUAUUUGUGUGCAAAUGUUCAACAGGGUACAAAGUCAAUGCAAAGCUUGUGUGUUCUAUCUAAAAAAAAAUCUACUAGUAUAUCAUGUACAGUACGUUUAUGCAGUAUAAUAUGCAGUAUAUUGGAUAUAUUUUGGGGAUUUGCGGUGAAUUACUCAUGUGCUUAAAUGAAAUCACUGGCCUAUUGAAGUGCUAAAAUCAAUUUUGACGUUUUAAAUAAAUGUAUGUAUUUACCACGUCGUA